AUGGGUGAGUUUGGCAGGGUGGCGGAGGCGGUGGAGAAGCUGGUGUUGGACUUACACCAGGAUAAGGACCAGCUGGUCAGAUGCUUCUUGGAUGAUUUCCGCAGCCAAGAACUGCUCCUGGCUCUGUGCAAGUGUCUGGCUUCAGGAGAGCCACGCCUCUGCAGUCACGUGGCCUAUGUGUUGGGCACGAUAGCUGAGAAUGAGACCGGGGCCCAGAGUUUGGUGGCUGUGGGGCAGUCCCAGACGUCGGCAUCUCACGGUCUUCUUCACGACUUGAACGCCAUGUUGAAGUGGAGUGAUGCAGAGGCGGUGAUGAACGCAGCCGGGACACUCGGCACAAUGGCUGAAACCAGUAACGGUCGCCAGUGGCUUCUGAAUGAUUCUGACUUUAAGGGCAUUGUGGACAAUGUGACCGCCCUCCUGGACAGCCCAAACGAGUGGACGGCCAGCAACGCAGCUUUGGUCCUGGCGAGGAUUUCUCUGUGUGAGGACGGCUGCAGGAAGCUUCUGGAGCAGCCCAACUCCCAGCACACUCUGAGCAAGCUGAUAGCAUCCCUGGGUGUGGAUGAGGCAGGCUGUGGAAUGCACGCUGCCUUCGCGCUCGGGAGAUUCUGUGACCUGGACAUCGGGCGCAAGCGGAUACUGAACAUGAAAGAGGCACCAAUCGCGAUCGAAACGUUGGAGAAGAUGAUGGCGAGCGGAGAUACAGGCGGAAGCAGAAACGCUUGCUUUGCGUUGAGCUGCCUGGCGACAGACAGAGAGGGACACAGUCACAUUCUGACAAACCAGGUCUUCCCAGAGGUAUUAGAUACUCUGUGUGGCCUCGUGGAGUCCGAGGAGCAGGAGUCGGCCUGGUUUGCCGCCAUGACGCUGAAAGUGUUAGCCAGCCAACCAAGCGGGGUUGUCAAACUUCGAGCGCACCCGAAGCUAACGGCACUUUUAAAGACUGUGGCCUGUUCGCUAACUGCUGGGAAGGACCUCCUGGAGGAAGUGAACGUCACCUUGAGAAAACUGCUGCCUCUCUCCAAGCCAACGCCUCCUCGGGCAGAAGUGCCGAACACGAACUCGAUCAGGAUCACCUGGAGCAAGGUCGUGCCCGAGAGCGGCCUGGAGAUCACGUACAGGCUGUUGAAUGGAGACCAAGUGUUGUACGAGGGCUCCGGCAGAGACUGCCUGCUGUCGGACGUGAAGCGUGGCGAAAAGUACGCCUUCAGACUUCACGUUUCCACCGAGGGGGAUGCCGGCCAUUGCAGCGAUGUGACCGCGUUUACCGCGGUGGGGUCGGUAUCGAGUCAACCUCUCCGCUUGCGGCUGGUGGGUUGCACCCCAACCCAGGUCAAGCUGGGCUGGAACCCGCCAGCCCAGUCCAACGGAGUCAUCAAGUAUUACCUGGUGCAGAAGGGCGAGCAGGCCAUCGAAACCACCUCACAGCUGACGUGCAUCGUGAGCGGCCUGACCCCCUCCACCAGCUACGAGUUCGGGGUGUGCGCCGUCACCAGCCGAGGGCGGGGGGAGCGAGCCCUGCUGAGCGCUCGCACGGAUUGCCCGGGUGACCACGCACCCAGCAAGCUGGCGGUCACUGUGCUGGGGAGGAACGAGAUGUUUAUCACCUGGGAUGUGCCUCAGGUGCCGCUGGGCAGGCUCUUCAACUUCGAGCUGUGCCUGAACGGGCAGGUGGUUUACAUGGGGCCCGAGCGCUCCUUCACUGCCAGGCGCCUGGCGGCCAACACCGAGCACUCCUGCUCCGUCAGCGCCAUCACCAGCGAAGGCAGGUCCCAGAGCCGGACGGUGACCAAGAAAACGGCCAAGGACGAGUACGGAAAGACGAGCAGAUACUUUUAUUCCUUUUCACGGACAAACCACUCGCUGCCUUUGACCUCGACCAAAGGACCUGCUGAAGCGAGAGAGAGACUCAGGAGGUCCAAAACCCAAGUGUGCGUUCAGAGAGAGCAGUAUCCAUUCAAAGGGUCAAAAGCUUCUCUGAUGCUCACCAAGGGAGCUCAGAAAGGCACCCACAAACAGUGUGAAAAUGACACAAUGCCCAGUCCAGCCACACAACGCAAGAGGGUUUCGCUGAGGUCUUCAUUGACGGAUUCCAGCGAGUUCUCAUCAGACUGCAACGAGUUCUUAUCUCCUGAGGCAGUGAAACCUAAUGCGACUUUGAUCCAGGAUCCAAAGAUGGCAGAUGCCAGGCAGUGUGUGGGCGCCUCUCUGAAUGAAAACAGCCGGGAGAAUUUAGAGACCAAGGCUGUUCUACCCACUGUAAGAGCAAUGGAUGGCAGCCAGCUGUCCCUGCAGGGAAAGGACACCAAACCUCAAUUGAAGACCUCAUGCGAUGCUUCUGCUCGUCUCGAGAAGCAGAGCCGGUCGCAGAGAGUGAGGAACAUCCUGAGCUGUGCUCGAGCUGCCCGGGUGGUGAUGUGCGGCGAGAUCUACGAUAUAAACGCGCAGCUUCAAGUGCUCAAACCCGCUUUGGUCCCGGAGGGGUGUGCCAAAGCCGAGACCCAACUGGUGCGGAGAGAUUGGUGGAGGAACAGGGCUGAGUGGUCUCCGAAACGAAAGGUUCUGAGGUGUAAAAAAGACACUGUACAGCAGCCGGAGACAUCCCAGGAUCACUCUUAUUGUUGGUUUCAAGCUGUGCCGAUCGCGAGAGCAGGUUGUGCCCACCUCGACCGAAACACGCCUACGCAGUCCGUCAAAGAGGGGGGUGACAGACUGCAGAGACACAUUGCUAUUGCAGAUUUCGUGCCUGUCAGUAAACGCCCUUUGUUACCGAAGCUCAACAGGAGGAUGAGCAGCACAAAGAGAUUACAGUCGACCACAAACUCAACCUCAUUCUGUGGCAAUUGGCAAGACCUGUGUCAUCGGGACAGACCAGAACCCACGAAAGAGCUGGCCGUAGGGAUGGGUGUAAACUGCACAGCACGGCGAGGUGGGAAGCCACUGAGACGAUCGGUGUCGGUUCUGCCCAAUCCUGGCCAGAAUGCGGCCUCUGCAUCCGAACGCAGGUCCACGCGUUUUCAAAUCGAUUCAGAAAUACCAAACCGCUUCUCCCUGUCCACUGGAGGGGACAACCUUUGAAUGUUCUCGGGGGCACGUAUUAUAAAGUGAGAAUGGAGCAUCACCUCCAGCCGCUGUCCUACAUCCAGAUGAAGUCUGUGGAACGUCGCA